GACCUCUGAGCAUCUCCGAGCAACACGGUUUAUUUAUAUACGUGACAUUUCAGAAAGCGACACGGAGAACAUUCAAUAUAUUGGAAGAGCCAAAGUGACCCGGUGUAUCUCGUAGGCGUUUUUUCAGAAAUUUAUAUUUUCGAUUCUUCACAAUUUCAUACUUGAUUUGUACUUGAUAUCGAAAAUGAUAAAGCGAAGGUUACCACACAAUUGGAUUACCGUCAGUUCUAAGACCCAUCCGGACAGAGUAUACUAUUUCAACGUGAGAACAAAACAAUCUUCAUGGACUGAGCCAGUGUUGGAUAAAGCUGAAAAGAUGUGUGAGAUAAAUGACAAAAGUUAUAGAAAACGUCACGAAGAAAAAGAUCAAACAAUAAUAACACCAGAACGCAAUCCUGUGGAUGAUAGGACAUUUUGUAAGCAACAAUCGAGUAUUAAAAUUACAGAGACGCCACAAAUGAAAGCAAUUCGAGAAAAAAUAUUGAAAAAAUUGACUGCCAAAGAUAAAUCUUCUCUUCCAUCAUCAUCAAAAACUUUAACAAAAUUGACAGAAAAUAAAACAGUUUCUUCUUUAAAAAGAACUUCAAAAUUGGUAAAGAAUGAUGAAUCAUUAUCUCUGGAUAAAAAUGAUAAUGAAGUAACAACAUUCACGCCACAAAUGUCUGCUCUUUAUGAAAAAAUUCAACGGCGGAAUUUAAAUAAAUCUAAUCCAGACAAAAAAUUAAGAAUGAGUGCUAAAAGUAAACAGCAAGAGUUGAACAUGACAAAUCAGAAAUCAAUAAAGAUGCAAGAGAAUCGAGAAAAGGGUACCAAAUAUCAAGAUGUGAAUCAUAAUAAUGAGCAAUAUCCAAAUAAUAAAAAGCAGAAUGCACAAAAAUCAUACACCCAAAAUAUUUCAAGAAAAAGAGAACUAAAAUCCCCGUUUAAGAAAAAUAUCGCAAAAGAAAGGAUGCACAUAUUAAGAAAAAGUUUGAGUUUGGAUAAAGAAAAACUAAAAGAAAUUGGACGUACUAUGAUCAAAGAAAAAUUCCCACAAAAGCGCAUUAAAAGUUCACCAAACUCUUACUAUAAUCGCAGCUUAGGAUCUACAAAUAUUUAUAAAAAUGUUGAGACUCGACUUACGAGAUUACAUAACAAAAUUUUAAAAGAGGCAGUGCAUAAAAAUAAUCUUCCAUUAAAUGGUGAUAAAUCACAGAUUCGACAAAAUAACGAAUUAGUAGUUGAAAAUGUGACAAAAGAAAAACUAAUAGAACAGGCUAAGCAAGAAGUUUUGUAUGAAGAAAUGGAUUGGGAACCAAUGAAUGAUGAUGACAUUGCACAGGAGGUCGAAGUUGUUAGAACACAAUUAGGCAAAGAGAAUCAUGUAGACAAAACAAAUUAUAUAUCGGGAAAUACUGUAGAACUAAUACAGUGUAAUAACACAGAGCCACAGGAGAGGAAGCCAUUAUAUAUUGUUGUGGAUACAAAUGUAUUUUUGUCAAAUCUUAAAAUUAUUGAAGAAGCAAGAGAUGCAACAUUUAAAAAUUAUCCACGUCCCUUCAUUGUAAUUCCAUGGACUGUAAUAAAUGAGCUAGAUUAUAUAAAGAGUAAUAGAUCUACGCAUGAGUUAUCUGUAAAAGCUAGGAAAGCUAUCUCUUUUAUUCAUGAACAAUUUUCUUCUAAACAUCCACGUAUCAUAGGCCAAACACGAGAACAGGCACUAAAAAAUAAAGAAGAGUUUUCCCUUAAUUGCCCAGAUGAUGAGAUCCUGCAAUGUUGCUUACAAAUUUUUCAUUUACAAAAAGAUGUGGUUUUGUUGUCAUAUGACAAAAAUCUCUGUAAUAAAGCGAUGAUAUAUAAUAUAUUGGCAUUGGGACGUAAUGAUCCGCUUGAAAAAAUAGAUUAUUACAAUAUGAAUGAUAAAACAGUUAAUUAUUUAAAUGAUAGUCCCAUUGAAAAGUCUGUCUUUAAUGAAGAAUUGCAUUUAACAGAUGAUGUUUUUGAAGAUAUAAAAGCUACUAUGAAAGACUUUCUAUCAACAAUUAUCACUAAACAAAUGUCGGAAAUUUAUGGAGAAGCAGAGUGGAAGUUUUAUAUCAUUAUAAAACCACCUUGGACUACAGUAACUGCAUUAAAGUGUGCUAUAAAGCAUUGGAUUGCCGCAAUAAAUGAAUCAUUUCAUAGGCGUGCUGAACACAUUUUGAAGGAAUUACUUCUAGCUUUUGAACAUUCACCAGUUGGUGGCAGGAAAUUGGAAAAUGUGGAAUAUAUCUUGGAAAAGUGCAGCGAUCUAAUGCAAGCAGUUAAUACAGAUAAACACCAUGAACUUAUGAAACAAACAUUUGAUGCGAUUAUGGAACUCAAGAAGAAAUGUCGCGGCUACAUCAUUGAUAUACAGCAGAAAAAAUUACAUGAUAUGAUAGGCAUGCAAGAAGAUAUUCAAGAGCAAAAAAUGAGAGCAGAAAAAGUAUUCCAAUGUUUCCACCAUAUCUACAAUUACGCACGUGACUUGUGUGGUACAGCAUGUAGCAAUGCAGGAAUAGUGCAUUCUUUUAACUUUGAACUUGUAAAUUCAUUGCUACCUGCAGCUAUAGAAUCUUUGCGACCAGAGCUCUCAAGAAAGGUAGUUGACUUGACGCAGAGUCUUAAUAAGUUACUGUUGCAAGCCGAAAAUUCCAAUAUAAAAUAUCAAACAUUACUUAAUUUGCAACAAAACUUAAACACAUUUUUGCCUGACAUAGAGAAAACAUCAGAGUUUGAUGUGACACCUUUAGAUGUAUAUUGCUGUAUAAAAUUAAAAGAAGAGCCAUUGAAAACUGGGUUAAAGCAACUUCAAGAUUUAACCACACAUUUUUGCGCAUUAGCGGUUCAUACAUAAAUAUAUAGGUACAUGUUAUAUAUAUAUAUAUAUACAUAUAUAUUUUAUGGCAAUUCUCUUUA